AUGGCUAUCAGCUACCUGAUUCUGUUGUCCCGCCAGGGCAAAGUGCGUCUCGCCAAGUGGUUCACUACCCUCUCCCCCAAGGAAAAGGCCAAGAUUAUCAAAGAUGUGACCCAGCUGGUCCUGUCGCGCCGGACGCGCAUGUGCAAUUUCCUCGAAUACAAAGACUCCAAAGUCAUCUACCGCCGUUAUGCUUCCCUCUUCUUCAUCGCCGGUUGUGGUCCCACGGACAAUGAAUUGAUCACUCUGGAGGUGGUGCAUCGCUAUGUCGAGCAGAUGGACAAGUACUAUGGCAACGUGUGCGAGCUGGACAUCAUUUUCAAUUUCCAGAAGGCCUAUUUCAUCCUGGAUGAGCUGCUAUUGGCAGGGGAAAUACAAGAAAGCAGCAAGAAGAAUGUUCUUCGCUGCAUUAGCCAGCAGGACAGCCUGGAAGAUAUGGAGGUCGAGGAGGAUGUCGUCACCAAGAUCAUGUAA